AUGUUUGAUCAAAAAAGUUUAAUAGAAGUUGAAAAGUUAUCGCUUUCAAAUAAUACAGUUCCGCGUAGAAUCGACGAAAUUUCUGAAUGGGUAGAAUAUAAACUGAUCAAAAGAGUUAAUUUGAGUACAUGGUUCUCAUUACAACUAGACGAGUCCACAGAUAUGCAAGGCUUAUCUCAGAUGAUUGAUUUUGUACGUUACAUAUGGACGAAUCGAGGUGAUAAAUGUCAGCAAAAAAAAGGUCAUUCGUUGAUAUUGUGGGCCGCCAAAUUUUAAAAUUUCUCAAAAUGGGUCGUACGAUAAAAAGUUUGGGAACCUCUGUCUUAGAUGAUACAUUUAUUUAUCUAGAUAAAUUUUAUUUAAAACAUAUUCAUUUUUUAUUUACUAAAUUUGUUUGUUCUAUCAGAACACUAUUCAAUUAGUACAUAUACUUAUAAUAUAACUAUAUGUUCAUGUUCUACUAGCCAAUUUUAUAUAGUUGAUACUUUGAGAUGUUAUUUUACUACUCUUUUACUCAAAAAUGGUCGACAGCAUUAAUUGUUAAUUAAAAAGGUACUAUAGGUACUAUAUAGGUAAUAGAUAUAAAAUGUAUAGGUAAUUCAUUGUUCAAAGUUGAGGGUAUAAAUGGGUCUUGAGUCUUGACUUGAAAUUGUCACAUAGUAAAAACAUUCAAGUGGCUUACACGUUAAGUGAUUAAUCGCGGAUUUUAAAUUUAUUUUAUUGAUGCGCAUUUCUGAUGAUAGGGACGCGAGCGAUCAACUGCCACACAUUAUAAUACAAUAUUACUGUAGCCCAAAUAAUAUCAUAAUAUUAUCGUGAUUUUAUUAAUGGUAUCAUUGAUUAUCAAUACUAGUGUCUAUUUAUAAUCAAUAAUGGUAUUAAUGAAUUACGAUUGAAGAUUUCAACAAUUCGCGUAUGCUAUAAAUUUGAAAACUGAAAACAUUAAAAAUAUCUGAAAAUUAUCUGUAUCUUAUCUAGAUGAAAUUUUCGUAAUCUAUUCUCAACACUGCUUAAAAGUACUCCGUUCCCUUCCAAGUAAAUGAAAACCCAACGGUCUCUGUGGUCGCAGAGAUGGUACAUACCCGAUCUUGAUUUAUUUAAGCUAACUUUCGGCCGACACAUUCGAGUCCAUCGAUGGAUACCGCAAUUACUAGGAUACCGUAAUAAAUAUUAUAACUUUGAUUUGGGAAAGGCGUACGCUUAUGCUUGCGAUACCAUAAUAUCGACUUAGGUUUAUAAGUCACCUCCUAUGCUGCAUUUCGUUAAGCUAUCGUGACGCAUUAAAUGCCAUAUCAUUUUGUCCCAUCUGACUUCUACACUAUGCCAAAAUUCUCGUUUUUUUUUUAUUCUUAAACCGUUUAAUCUUGAGUAUUUUUUUCUUUUUCAAAUAAUGCAAAUUUAAUAUUACCUAAUAUUUAAUUUAACAUAAUAAAAAACGUUUUUUAUUUAUUACACACGCAACCAUCUUGACAUCAAUGUACGUUUGGUAAGCAUUACUCGUGUUUGGCGAUUUUUAGGAACAUCACAUAUGUUUGUAAUUUAUUACAGUGAGCGGUCCGAAAUGAAAUAAAACGAAAACUACAAUUUUAUUACGCGGAACUACGUUUCAAUAAUAAUAUUUUACAUGCGCAAUUAAACUGCGCACGUCUAUGUGUUAUUUACUAUAUUCCAUUUAGAAUUUAUUCUAAUUAACUUCCGCGCGCAACAAUUUUUUUUCCGAACUAUAUUGUGUAUUGAGUUAAAACUUAGAAUUUUAAUUUCCGUUUAAUGUAUGAGGAGGGGUGAGUGAAAUACCCCCAACCACAAUCACCUUUUCCCUUUCGAUAUCUAUAAUAAUAUAUUUACCAUAUUACCAUUAUUACCUAUUUAUUUGUAUAAAAAAUAUAAAUAAUGCGAAUUAUAACAAUUGUUGAAAAAAAAUAUUAAAGAAACUGUCUUAAUCCCCCCCCUCCUCACUCCUCUUAAGACGAAACCAUUUGACCACUUCUGCCGCAUGGACAAUUAUUGUUAUUCAACGAAAUGAAAAUAUUAUUCCAAAAGUCCGCAAUUGUUCACACGUAUUUGCGUUUUCGGUAACCUUAAGCCUAUAAAAACAUUUUGAUAUACACGAUGAAUAUUUUAAUGGAAUUCUGGAUAUUUUAGAGCGUUCUAUUUUUUUUUUUUUUUAAAAAAAAGAAACAAAAACUGUUUGUUUGCGUUUGGUACUAGAUGGUUCGUGAAUUUUAUGUUUUCCAAUUCCGUCGUGUUUUCAUAAGAACAACGACGAUUCCCGCAACGAAAACCUUACAAAAAACAAACCGUUUCAAUUAUUUUUAUUACGAAAUUCGAUAGAUUUCAAUGUGACUCCUUUUCAAUAAUAAUAAUAUAAAACUAAACGAAACCGACGAAAUAAUAUUAAAUGAGAAUGCAAGGUGCAGAAUUCACACCACGGACAAGCCAUUUUGGUAGGUGUAAAUAGUUUGGAAGGUUUUGGAAUUUUGAGUUAUUUAGUUAUACGCGAAAAUCGAGAAUUCAUCAUUGAAAAAAAAAAAAAUAUUCGGCUCUGAACCAAGGUCGGUAAACUUUUACUGUUUAGUAUUAGUAUUAGUCGCCCAGAAAUCGAUAAAAAUCAAAUCAAAUAAUCGUCAUUUUUUGUCGGUAUUUUUUAAAAAAUUGUUUAUAAUUUCGGAGAUUUAAAAACAUUAAUUUUUAACUCAAGUGUCACCGCGGGUAAAAAUUCCGCGUUUUUGAAUGCACGACACGAAAAACCGGAGCAUUUUUACUAACUGAACCUAGUCUUAGUGAAACUAAUAGAUUCUUCGCUAUACUCAGUGUUUAAAAAGUACACAUAUAUCUACGGCUUGGUACAAGUAGGACUAUUAUCAAUUUUUUGAAAAAGUCAGCCAGAAAAAAAAAUGUACAAUUUUUUUAUUUUCUCAAGUAAAAAAUAUAUAAAAAAAAAACACAGGGUCUUACGGGGAAUUCAAAUUUCAAAGUUAAUUUCAUAUUAUGAACAUAUGUGACAUUGGUCCUUCUUGCACCAAGCCUCAGAUAUGUAUAUUCAGUAUUAGUUAUAAUAUAUACUACAGCAAGGAUGGACGUAUUGAUCGGCACCACUCUUCGUUUAACUGCCUUUCGAGUAAAGGAUAAACUCCAAUAACUGUCACGUCAUAUUUGUAAAAGAGUUAUAAAGGGUAUACAUACACACUUAAUAAAUAUAAAUGUAUCGUACGUGUUUAUCGGUCGGGGUUUUUUUUUUUUUUUACAUUUUCUAGAUUACUGGUAGAUUUCGGUGAUGUUUGCGUACGACAUCACCACCAAAAUUAUUUAACAACCGUUCCGUUUCGAGUAGUUGACGUUUGUUUGCGGUCGACGCUUCGGCGAUACCCGCAGUGUAAUAUUAUUCAGUUCUACCGUUGGAAAAACACUCGUAACACUUGUGUUAACCGAAGACGACGUGGUCCGAGGUUUCACGUUCGUUAAAAAAAAAAAAAAGUAAAGUUUGGUCAAUACGAAUAGCGUAUCACUAUACUUAACGACUGACAGUUUAUUAGGGAACUGAUGCGGGUAUUAAACUCGAGUAGAUGUUUAUUGUUUAUUGAUAUUAUUAUCGUUAGAGCCGGACUCGAGAAGUAUGAACGUAGUCGUUCUCGAGUGCUGGUACACGUAGAUAUAAUUAUGUACUGUAAUAACAACCGGAUCACUCGAGCUCGGUAAAUUAACAAAAAAAAAAAAAAACCCGACAUACUUCGUACCGCGGGUGUGCCGUUGUCGUAGGUACGAAAUCGGGAAAAUAGGCCCCGUGUAUACAGGAAAAUUUAACAUUAUUACGUAUCGUCGGCAGCGAAAAACGAUUUUUAUUCAAGGCGCUAUUCCGGCGCGGUCGUGUGCCUUUCGUCGCCGCGUCCCGGUCGGCCGUUUUAAUUUCGGUAACAUUCGGCAACCAAAACCUAUGGUAUACCGCGAACCGCACAGAGCCGGGCGCUCGAUUCCGGCCUUUGGGCGAUUGCGUUGUUUCGCCGUACCGAACGUUGUAAUCACCCGAUUACGAACGAGAAUGUGUGCGGGCCUGGUAUAGAAAUUGCCGUUAUUCCGUCAUCUAUGGCGGUCGUGGACACCGACUACGCGGAUAGGCCGUCAGCGCGGUAUUUUUGAGCCGGUGAACCAAUCAUCGGCCUACCAACGAUAAAGAGGUUCCGUAUAAUACGUAUAUUAUCAUCCCUCGACGACCACAGAGUACGAGAUCCUCGGUGAUGUCGGUAUCCGUUAUUAAUGUGUCUACGGGUUAAGCGCACUUUGAAGAUUUUUCGAAUUGUCGCCACGUAAACGUGAAACAACAAACUGGGUAUGGCGUUUUUCCUUCCGCAAAAAAAAAAUAAUACUACUUCCGAUGUAUUACCGGCUCGUUUCGGGGCGCGGUUGCUUCGUGCCGAUACGACAUUGCUCAGACCAUUCGUGUGAUAUUAAGGCAACGGUCGGACCGCACGCCGUGUACAAUAAUAUCAAUUUCCGUGUACUAUUUCUUCGACUCGUCCGUCGAAAAUGUUUAUCGUUUUAUAAGCGUCGUACAGUGCGUUAUUUUUUAUUGACUGUUUCUGUUUUCGCGUUUUUUUUUUUUUUAUUCCACACGUCGAAAACAUUUUUGUAAACACAAUUAUCGCCGAGGCGCGUGUUUACAAUAAAAUUAUAGGAAACCGAUACGGGGAAAAAAAACCGUGCACAUAUGGUACAAGCAUAUAUACGAAUACGAGUAUAUUAUUAUUAACUGUGAAAAAAAUUCACGUUCGCGUCGUUUGUAUAGCUCGGGGUUUCGGAUAAUAAAUAACAUUAUAGGUAACAAAUCUCUUUACGUUGCAUAAUAUAUACCUGUACGUAGGUACGUAACAUUAUGUUUAGCAUUCGGCAAUCCGAUUGUCCAACGAGAAACGUUCGAUAAAAUGUCAAAAACAUUUGUUUUGUAUAGCUGAUUUUUUUUCUUGUAUGACGUGUUCGUUUGUGUUUAUUAUAUUUCAGAUUCUGAGCGGAGCGAGGAAUGUAUUUGUUUUACAAUAGUGUUUUUUUUUCUGUGGACCUGCAAUUUUUCUACCGGCAAUUUCAUUCCGGAUUUUCCAAAUUUUAGCACUUUUCCUGAAAGGAAAUUUGACUGGAGUGGUACAAUUAAAGGUCAUUUUGUGAUUUUCCCGGCUGUUUUCAUAAUAAAUGACAAAAACCGGGGAAGAAAGGUAGGAAAACCGGAAAAUGUACGAAAAGUUUUAUGUUAAAAUCUUAAAAAUUACAGCCUUUCAGAACCGAACUCCGCUCAGAAUCGUUUUUCGUUUGCAAAGAAUAAAGACUAAUCGUUACGUACGUAGAUAUACAUUAAAUCCCCAACUAUAUCCUACCUUCAAAACUUCUCGUCUAUAACCGUGACCCAUCCAUUGUGCGUAGUAUGUCCGUAUCUUUUUUCUGCUAAAGCUCUACCACUAUACUAAACCGAUUUGUUACAAUAUGCUGUAUAAACCAUCGUUUAAAAAAAACUUCAAAGAGACGGACGUACUAUAUAGGCUAUUUUUUGUCCCGGAAUUCAAUCCCUAAGGGUAAUAAUUGACACUCGGUUUCUGGUAUUAUAAGUCGAGUAUUAAAUACCAGCUGUUCCGCGCGGCUUUUUCCGUGUUAGUAUUGAACGAAAAAAAAUACGAGAGAAAAAAACCGUGUUUCCCCGUUUUGGCGCUUUAACGCUAUGCCUAUAAAUGACAUUUCAAUGUUCUAAUUACUGUCCAAAAAUGAACUAAGUAACCCGUUUCUACUGUAACUAUGCCGUUCGUUGUACGACAGCUAUUACUACUUCCGUCGACAACCUUAUUAUUUAUUUUUUGGUAUUAUUUAUUUUAUCCGUACAACACUACAUCCGUGCAAAGUUUUAGCCCAAUCUCCAUUCAGUAGAUCGGGCGAGAAGUGUUAACAAAUAUACACCCGUACAUCCAAACGAACUCUCACAGCAUUUAUAAUAGAAGAAAGAUUGUCACGAGAAAGAAAGUUCUCUUUUUAGACUGAGCUCGAAGAGAUACGAAGAAAUUACAGUAAAAGACCAUAUUGGGGCGGGUAAAGGCGUAGACCCUGAUAUAUGUGGGGUUGAUGAAAUGGUGGACACAGAAGGUUAA